AUGGAAGAGGUGCAUACUGGACUCCAGAAGAACAACUUUCUGAUGUCAACAGUCUCCAGGCUGACUUCUCUCUGUCAGCUGGAAAUGACCUGGAGAAGCAGAGUUCACUUUCAUCCAAUUCUUGUGAGAGUCAUGCACAAAUCUAGAUUAAGGUACUAUGGAAAACCAGAGAAAACGCUGGAUAUGCCUUAUCAGGCUUACUUUGAAGUUGCUGAUGGUUCAGGCAUGAUGUCAAUGGUUUUGUGGAAUUCAUUAUGCCCUGAAUGGUAUAACAGUAUGAAGGUUGGCACAGUACUUCUUCUUGAGCAAUAUGCUAUCAAAACCAGUUACCCAUUUAAAACACAUCCGACCCCAGGAGAUUCACAGAUGAAGAGAUUUGCUACAAUUGAAAUCAGUCUUAAUGUUCGAGAUCCUCCUACUAAAAUAAGUAUCAUUCCAGAAGAAAUGGUUAAGCCAGAGUGGGGAUUACCUGAAGUUAAAUACAGGUUUAUUACAAGGUCUGAACUGGAUGGCUUGCCAAACAAUUAUUCCUGUGAUGUUAUUGGUCUUGUGACAUUUGUAGGAAGGGCUGAACGAGCAAGAAAGAGAGAAUAUGGUGAAGACUUCUGGCUCUAUCGUUGGGCACAUGCCAUUGAUGGGACCUCAAACCAGCCAUUCAUCCUGGAAUUAUUUGCAACUUCUCAGCCAGAUGUAUUUCAGCAUAUACACCCAAUGACAUAUUUGGUGUGUACACAGAUGAGAGUGGUACGGGACCUCUCUGAAAAUCCUUCCAGUGCAGUUUACCUUACAACUUCAAAUGAAAGUCAAAUAUUCAUUACAGGGUGGCACAAAGGCCAGCCAUACACCAAGGACGCCAAAGUGAAGAGCUUCAUUCAAUGGACUAAAACACAAAGCGAAGCUGAUCAAAUAAAGAGAACAGUCAUUGGUGGCUAUUAUCCUUUUCCACGACCUCCCAAUGACUUUCUGAAAUAUUGUAAAAACAAUAAAGUUGAAUCAGUUUUAAAAGCCAUAGGUGAAACGGAGAAAGAGAUUGAAGGUUUGCACUACAGAGAGCACAAGCGCAUUGCUGUUCAGGGAAUAAUUAGUGCCAUAAGGUACAUCAGCUGUAGCAAUGCAGCUGAAGAAGCUUCAGGAGUGGAACCUGUUCAGAAAGAUACUUCUCAGUCUCUUGAGAGCUCUGCUACAUCCCAAGAAGACUGUGUUGAGAAGGGGAAGAACACCAACCUUCAAAAUAAAGAAGUCAAGGCUUUACUGGGGCCACAUGGCACUCCUGGGGAACAACAUCAGCACCAAGCUCUGCAGUCAAAAAUGAGGUCAGUGAAGAGAAAGAUACCAUGGAGAUUAAAUACAGAUGCAGAACAGGGAAGUGCAUCUGUUACUCCUGUAUCAUCUUACCAUUAUUUCACACGAUCUGCAAGAAGAAAAUUGGGUUUGGAUAAACUUCAACAUGAAGAUUGUGUGCAAGAUAAAAAUCAACAGGCUGUAUCAGUCAGUUCACAGCACUGCACAGAUGGAGAAGGAAUGAGUGAUAUAUCUGAAACUGAAGAGCCUGGAAGAACUUGUGAUUCAUGGCAGAGUGACCUGUGGACACAAGUGAAAGACAAAUUAAUGAACUAUUUGCAUCACAGCAAAAUUUUCCCUGAAAGCAUCCCACGUAAAUUUGAUUAUGUGCACAAAGACUUACUUAUGCAACAGUACAACCUUCACGCAGCAGUGCACCAGCCAAAAGAAACCAGAACACAUAAAAAUAUCAAUGACUUUAAAAGUGCUAGUGGCCUUGGGUAUUAUGAGGUGACAGUUCUGGGCAUAAACCACGAUGUAGCAAUAGAUGUUGCAUUUCUUCCACUGUUUUGUCCUGAAGAUCCUCACCUAUUUCAACUAGAAGACACUCAGAACGAUACGUUACUGUCUUGUAUGAGUUGCAUCUCUGCACAUCAACAGAAGACUGCUAGCAAUGGAAGGCUUUGUGAUGUGUUUCCACUUUCAAGUGAAAUUGUAAAAGCAGCAAUGGAGCUGGAUGGCAAACAUGUUAUCUGCAUCUUGGACAUCUGUCACUUGGGUGAUGAUAAGGUGGAAGUCUUUUUGAGCAAAAUCUACAAGACAGCAGAACCUGAUGUCUUGGAUCUAGUGUAA